UCAGCAGCCUGCGACAGAAGCAGCCUGCGCUCUGGUGUUGUGGCAGCGGCUGGAGGCUGGAGGCAUACCGAGAUGUGUGCGCCCACGGAGCGGUGUGGCUCUGCCGGCUGUCCGCGGCCGGUGACGCCUUGGUGGUGGCGGCUCCUCCUGGUGCUCCUGUUCUCCGCGUCCUGCUCGCUGCCGGCGGUCAGCGCGCUGGUGGAGGGCCUCUACUGCGGCACCGAGGUCUGCUACGAUGUGCUCGGCGUCGACCGGGAGGCCGCCAAGCUGGACAUCGCCCGGGCGUACCGGCAGCUGGCCCGCCGGUACCACCCGGACCGGUUCCGAGUAGAUGAGCCCGGCUUGGAGGGAGAGACCCGGGAGACCGCGCACCAGAAGUUCCUGCUCAUCGCCACCGCGUACGAGACGUUAAAGGAUGAGGAAACUCGGCGGGACUACGACUACAUGCUGGACCAUCCAGAGGAGUACUACCAGCACUACUACACCUACUACCGCCGACAACUCACCCCCAAAGUGGACGUCCGAAUCGUCAUUCUCGUCACCAUCUGUGCCAUCUCCAUCUUCCAGUUCUACAGCUGGCACAGCAGCUACAACGAGGCCAUCAACUACCUGGUGACGGUCCCCAAGUACCGAAUCCAGGCCACGGAAAUCGCCAAGCAGCAGGGCCUCCUCAACCGCACCAAGGAGAAGGGCAAGAACCGCCGCUCCAAAGAGGAGAUCCGGGAGCAGGAAGAGGAGGUGAUCCGCGACAUCAUCAAAAACAAGAUCGACAUCCAAGGAGGCUACCAGAAGCCCAACCUGUCGGACAUCCUGCUGUGCCAGAUCGUGCUCUUCCCUUACUACCUGACCACCUACGUGACCUGGUACGCCUCCUGGAUUUACCGCUUCACCAUCUGCAGGGAGGAGUACGGCGAGGAGGAGAAGUACUACAUCAUCAGGAGGAACAUGAAGAUGUCUCAGUCUCAGUUUGAAAGCCUGGAUGAAACGACCAGACAGUCCUUCCUGGAAAAACGGCUCUGGAUCAAAGAAAACUACGAGGUGCAUAAAAGGGAUCAGGAGGAGGAGAUGAAGGCGAAGAUGGCGACCGACCCGAGGAUGAAGAGGUACCGCCGCUGGAUGAAGAACGAGGGGCCUGGCCGGCUGACGUUCAUCGACGACUGACGGCCCCCGAGCUCCGUCGUUAACAUACACACCUGCCUCAGUGCCAACAUACACGGACAACACACACACCGUGCUGUGUGGAGAAAUCCCUGUACAGAAAGAUUAACUAUGCCUGUUUAUAUAGCGAGAGAUAUUUUCAUAGCGAUCGGGCCUCAUCAAGGGGGUGACUAAGUGGAAUAAACUGUGUGCUGGGGCUUCAGAUUUUUGAGUAAUUUUAUACAUCAAGCUGUUUGUUUUUUUUAACCAAAACAAAAGUUUAAUGAUUAAUAAUAUUUUUUUUUUUGUAAUUUUCUCCAGCCAUUUUUUUCGUUCACUCCUGCUGAUGAAAAGCAGAGUGAUGAAGGAGUUUUGGUGCCUGAGUUUUUGUGAAACGAUUUUGUGUUGGAUAACUGACAUCAUCCACGGUGCAAGGUGAUUAUCGUACCGCCAAAUAACCAGAAGGUUCAAAGUGUCCUUGGACGAGGCAAUCGGACCGCCACCUGCUGCUCCAGAGAGUCGGCUAAAAGUCUGAAAUGUAAAAUGAAUGAAGCGUAUCAGCAUUUGUUGCUUUUAUGAUGAAUAAACCAGAGUAUUUUUUU